CAAACAUAAGGGAUGGAGGAGCUCGAGUUCGUUGCUGGUAUAAAGCGACAUCGUGGCAUCCUUCGGGCCUUUGUUGCUCGCUCGCUUGCUUCUUCCUUACGAUAAUAGUUCUUCAAUAUCUUCAAUAUUGUUGAUCAUGGCUACUGUGAAACGUCCGGAUCCCUACCUGGGGAAAACAAUCACGGCUUUCGAAGGCGGAAUAGUCACCCGCAUAAUCGACCACCCACACGACAGCAGCCGUGUCUUCGCCUACGAGGUGACAUUUCGCCUCCGCCAUCCCCGCGUCCUCGCAGUCGCGGCGCUGAAGCCGCCCCUGCACUUCCACCCGUACCAGGAAGAGUACAUCGAGGUGCUAGAGGGGCGGCUGGCCGUCGAGAUCGAGGGCGUCGAACACGUCCUCGCCCCGAAGGAUGGCGAGCUGAAGGUUCGGCCGUGGUGCAAUCAUCGGCUUUACUCGCCUGUUACGGACCUCCUGGGAGAGGCCCAUGCGGAAUUCGAUGAUGGCUGGGAUGGCGAGAAGACGGUUUUCUUGCUCUCCGGCGAGGACACGGAUGAGAUGUUCCGCCUUGACACUGUCUUCUUUGAGAAUUGGUAUGCGUACCAGGAUCUGGUCGUCGUCAAGGGGGAGAAGAUCGAUUUGAUACAGGUCAUGAGCAUGUUCGACGCGGGCGGUUCAUAUCUGUCGCUGCCUAGCUGGAUUCCUUUCGGCCGCACUAUUGCACGCGGCAUGGGUAUCGUCGUCGGCCGCUGGAUCGGUGGGUUACUGGGCUACCAGCCCUUCUUCCAGAAGUGGACAACGGAUUGGGACUUGGCAUGCGAUAAGAUGGACAUGUCAAUAUUCCACAGACGCUUUGCUAAUGGCGGGACAAUGGCAAGUGGGAUCAGGAGUAAGUACUCUAAGCUACUUUGAUUUGAUUUGAAGGUGUUACACAAGGAUGGAAUUUCGUAACAAUAUACCCAGAACUAGAGCGGACAGCUGUAUAUUAAACCUGACCUAGCGAAAAGCCUGUACAUAAUUAAUCAGCUUAAAUCCAUGUUUUAUUGUAUUCUCACGAUGAUCACCAUUUCCGACCAGUGUCCUGAGCGUAUUCAAUAAGGGCAAUGACUCUGAAAUCCUC